AUGCUCACUCCACCAGAAUGUAUCCGCAAGAGUGUUGUAGAUUCCCUAGAGUCAGAGGUAACGCAAUACAAGCUGGUCUCUAGAGAUGAAUUCACUAUGACGUACGAGCUCGUACUCACGGAUGACCGCCAAGUCAUCCUCCGCCUCCCAUGCUCAACAGGUCACGCGUCGAUUGUCGCAGCAGAAGUAAACACGUUGAGGUAUAUUGCUUCACACACCCAGAUCCCUGUCGUCGAAGUGCUCGCGUUUAAUGGAGGGAGCGACGACGAAUCCACCUCCAGCUGCUUUGCCGUGCUGCAAAAGCCGCCAGGCAUUUGCGUGGAGACUGUGUUCAAAAAGAUGAGCGCCUUCGACCAAAACCUGCUCAUAGCCACGGUUGCGCGGUGGAUGGUCGAAGUCUCCAAGCAGCCUUUCGACUCAAUCGGCAGUUUGGCAGUGGCGACAGCCCAGAACGAUUUCGUAGUGGGGCCCGUCGUGGCAAAGCCAUUCUACACCGACGGGAGGUCAAACGUCGUGUUGGACCGCGGGCCAUUCAAGUCGGCGAAGGCUUAUUACAGAGCAUGCGCCCAGCGGGAACAAGACGCACUGCGUAUGCUGUUCGUUCAAGAUGCACCCCCUUAUCGCCAGGAUCUCGAAGAGAGCCACCUGACUGUCGAACGCAUCGCUGGCCUCUUUUGUGAUUUGAUUAACCGCUGCCAGGGGCUGGACGAAGAUGACCCGGAGAAGGCUCCGUUUUCACUCGAUAUCCACGAACUAGGGCUGAAGAACGUCUUUGUGUCACCGGAGAAUCCCACUCGUGUUUCGCGGAUUGGCAAGGACCCGCACGACGAGGCCGCCCGUCUCGCCGCCAUCUUCAAAGCGGAAGUCUCGCGAGUGGCAGGCAAAGGCUCGGCAUUCGAGCGUGCCCUAGAGCUCGACGACGCGGCAAGAAACACGCUUGACGAUCUGUCGACAUACGACGCCUUCAGAGAUGGAUUCCUGCUCCUCCCGGCCCUCGAGAACAUCCUCGCCACGCUUCCCGGUCACGAGGACGUCGCAGGGUUGACCGCCAUCCUGGACCCGAGCACGCUCCCAGGACGCGCAGCGCGCAUCAACCUCCUCACGCGCGGCUCCAAUGUGCUCUACCUCGCGAUGACGCCCCCGCGGAGCCCGCGCCCGGCGCCCGUGCGCCCGGACGACGUGGACCAGGCCUCGGCGGACCGCGGCCAGGGCACGCUCCCCGUUUCGUAG